AUGUACCGCAACAAUGCAACCCGCGGCCUAACUGCGGCUCUUCGCGUGUUAUGCUUCUUUGCGGAAAGGAUGUCUGAGUACUGGAAAUCAUGGCCGAAGAAGAGACAAAAGCAUGCUUUGCUGGUCGUCCUGACGGGGUUUAUGUUUUGGCUUGGUCUGAAACUAGGAUCUGGCCUAUUCUAUGCACGUUACGUCGAUGCCUGGGAGUGGGAGACAACGUCCCGCUUCUCGAAUGCGCACAACACCAACGAAAUCCAAGGGAGUAGUGACGGCGAUGACAGUUGCGAUUCCUUCCCAUCAUACCUCCUCUCGCGCGUUCAAGUUGUUCUCAAAAUCGGCAGUACAGAGCCUCCUAGCCGGGUCGAUACCCAUCUGGCGACUGUUACCCGCUGCAUAACUAAUCUCAUUGUUUUCUCUGACCAUGAAUCGGAAAUCAAGGGUCAUCACGUAUACGAUAUUCUCGCAACUCUUCCAGAAAGCUUCUGGGGAAAUAGCUCUGACUUUCAGGCGUAUAGCGCGCUCCAGCGCGGCGAUUUCGAGACUGUUGGGGGUUCUCAGGGCUGGACACUUGACAAAUACAAGUUCCUACCCAUGGUCGAACAGGCUUAUGAAAUGAAUCCGACUGCUCAAUGGUUUGUUUUCAUCGAGUCCGAUACAUACUUCGUGUGGGACAAUUUGUUCCGUCUCCUUGACCAGUUCGAUCCGUCUUUUCCUUUAUACUUUGGCUCCCCGACUCCUGGAAAGAGCCACUCUUUCUUCGCCUAUGGGGGUGCUGGGUUUGUGCUGUCGACUGCGGCAGUCCAAAGGCUGGUAGCUCGUAAGGUUGGGAGCAAUGGCGUGUACAGCCAACCUCCGUUGAGUCAGCGUUAUAAGCGUUUGAUCAAUGACGAUUGUUGCGGAGAUUCAAUACUCGGAUGGGCACUCCAUCAAAGUGGGGUGAAGCUGUCCGGGAUGUGGCCGAUGUUCAAUCCACAUCCUGUGCAUGGGGUUCCUUUUAAUCAAUGGCAUUGGUGUCAACCGGUGAUUAGCAUGCACAAACUAUCGUUACAAGAUAUGACUGAGCUGGCGAGAUGGGAGAAUCGACGUGGCCGCAAGCUUCCAUUGCUAUAUGCCGACCUAUUCGAGUUCACGAAAUUGGGCGCCAUUGACUAUAAAACGGAGUGGGAUAAUGGUGACUGGGGCGGAUGGCAAGAGCCAUCCGAUUCGCCCGCCCAUAGGUCUGUUGAAGCCUGCGCGGCAGCAUGCCAUGAGCAUCCCCAGUGUUUUUCAUAUACCUAUGCCCAUUCUGGUCACUGUGUUUUUGUUCCGUCCAUGCGACUAGGCGCGCAAAAACCCGCCACAGAAGACACGUCGCUAACAGCCGGGUGGGACCUGGAGAAAAUCAAGCAGUUCCGGGAUGCUCACAAAUGUCAGAGACCUCAGUGGGUGAAGCCAAGUACAGACCGCAUUUUUUAA